CCUGGUUGCUGUUUUCUAGCUGAAGCUUGAUGCUAAAUUUAAAAACGUUCUUCCUCUGGUAACCCUAACCCUGACUUUAGUCUGAUUGAGCUGAGGAACGUAGAUCUUCAUGCGUGGGUUUCUUAGAUGGUUUUAACGUUCUACCUUUUCCAGUCGGCGGCAGCAGCCAGCAGCUCCUCUCAGAGAGACGACUUGUUCCUGGAUGAUGACGGAUCAGGCGGUUUCUACCCAGAAGACGAUGAUGACUUUAGCUCCGCCUCCGGCUCAGGUGGAGAAGAAGAAAAGCUGGAGGAGACGAUGACGGUCAGCAGGGUUUAUAUCGAUCCCAGAGCAGCAGAGCCCACCAAGGACGCCACCAAGUUCUUCACUCCAAGCGUGGAGCCCGGCGUGGAGGGAAAGGCCGCGAAGACGGAGGAUCCACUUCCAGCCACAGAGGACCAGAACCAGUUGACCAGUAGCACCAGAUCUCCUGGUUCUGCUCUGGAAACCGUUGAAGUUCGAACUGAAACCCUUUUCCAGAGGACGGAGGUGUUGGCAGCUGUUAUUGCAGGCGGCGUGAUCGGCUUCCUGUUUGCCAUCUUCCUCAUCCUCCUGCUGGUGUACAGAAUGAGGAAGAAGGAUGAAGGCAGCUACGACCUGGGAGAGAGGAAGGCUUCUGGAGCAGCUUAUCAGAAAGCUCCCACCAAGGAGUUUUAUGCAUAAAGUCUGGUCUCUGUGACACCCUGUUGCCAUGGCGACCUUCCGUCUCCUCCUGGAGAGUAAAGAUGUCCGCUUCAUGUUCCUCAUGAUGCUCCUCCUGCCGUUUGUUCCGACCCGCCAGGCCCGGUUUGGUUCUUUUAUUAAUGUGGAUCAGAGCCUGAAGACAGAGUCUCUGUUGGUGGAUCUUUGCACAGUUCUGGAUGAGAGGCUGAAGGUUUUGAUCCAGAUGGGAAGCAGCAGAACUCAUUCUUCACUGAGACCCAACCAGGUCUCAGUGAAGAAAAGGUCUCUGCUCUCCUCUGCUGGUCCUGGUAGAACCUCACAUAUACGUUAGUCUCUUUAGGUCUGAAUCAGGUUCACUAAUGAGAGAAACCUUCAAAGUGCCUUCAUGUCUGUUAGGACAGAACCAGAGACCCUCAGAGUGUUUGUUAAUCCUCUCAAUUGGACCAUUGUCGUUGGAUCCAACACUGAAUAAACUUUGAGGCCUAAAAUCUGCCUUUUUCUUCCACUGACUAUAGUUUGAAUUCAAGGUUCUGACCUCAGUAGAUCCUCGCAGCUAGAUGCUGAAGAUGUGCUCUGGAUCCUCCCUUCAACUAGUGAGCUUUGGUCCGCCGGGUCUGUGAGGGUUAUGGAAACCAACCACCAUCUCUGAGGCGUUUAGCAUCGUCUUUGGAUAUCCUCCACAGUAACUGCAGCGUUGCAUGGCUCUAUUCAGGCAUGCAGACGACCGAUAACACCGAUGGAAGGUGUGUUUUUCAGUGUUCAGUCCUGUUUCUCUCCUAUAGCUCUGGGCUCAGCUUCUACUGGGUCUAACUGGAUCUUCUCUCUUUCAUUCAUUGACAUAAAAACUGGACCUAACUAGACAGAGCCACCUGUCUGGUUAGGGUUUACCAAUGGCGUUUCUAACAUAGAAAGUUAUUUUUCUAUGUCUGCUUCUGUCUCCUUGAACCCCA